AUGCCAGCGAUACCACACGCCCAAGCUCCCAACGGAGUCACACUCGACGCCGCCGCCUUCGAGUCGCGCUCUAUUCCCACCAGUGAUCCGCUUCCCGCCAACUCGUACAGCCAUCUCAUCACGCGCCAGGCCUACGAUUCGAGCGGCGGCUACAUUCCCCUCUCGUAUCAGGGUCUCAAUUCUGGGCCUGCCCCAGGAGCCGUCGUUGGCAUCGUCUUGGGCUCCGUCGCCGGCUUCUUACUCAUCGCCUGGCUGCUUCUCACUGUUGCCAACCUCGGGAGCCGCAACGCCAUCGCCGGCGAAGAGGAGGUUGUUGUGCGCGAACGCCCUCCUCGCUCCCCUCGCUCCCGCCGCAGCCGCCGCACCUCCAGGCAUGAGCAUGAGAUACGAGAAAUCAGCAGGAGUCCGCGUCCACACCCGCACAUCAUUGUCGAAGAGCGCCGCACAAGCGGGCCUCCACCUCCGCCCCCGCAGCCGCGCCCGCGCAGUCGCUCUGUGCUGGUCGAGGAGCGCAUCAGCGCUGAGCGAAGAGUCGAUGGCGACGACAUUGUGGAGGUCAUUGAGGAGCACAGCCCGCCCAGGCGCCAUCGGAGCAGGCGCGACUCGGGUGGAUACAGGUCAGUCGACCCCAUGGUGUUCGCCAACGGAAAUUAG